UCGAAUUGUUGAAUCCUCAAAUCUGGAAGAGUCAACGCGAACGAUUUGCACCUUUGUAUUUCUUAAUCGAGUAAUGUCGAUUUGUUGUUGAAGCUUUUGCCUUUUAGUACAUCAGAUUCAUUUGGGGGGCGGGGGAGUGAAUGCCCAGUCUGUGUUUGGGGAAUUAAUAAACAUUAGUUAAUGGUGGAGUAUAUUUGUGGAUUUGUUCUUGUUCCGUGAGAUAAGGGAAUGGGAAUUUUAAGUCGAGACACUGAAAUCAGCAAUCCUUCCAUUCUUGAGCUAGCUUUUGGAGUUGAGUUAGACCCCAAAUUCAUUUCUCUACACAUAUCUUGUAGGAAUAGAUGUUAUAACUAAAAUAUAAAGCAUCAAUCUUUCUAUUCCCUUUUUUGUUUUGUUAAUUAUGUAAAUCAAUUUAUUCAGAAAAUGUAUUGGUACAAUCAAAGAAGAUUGGCUCAAAUGGAGGAGUGACUUAAGAGGUUUCUAAAAAAGUGAAUGUCAAGUUCUAUCGAAUGAUUGUGAACCAUUUAAUAUUAUGUGGGAAGGAAUGUUGGGCUUUUAAGAUCGAUGAAUGUGUGAUCAUACUAGAUUGGACGAAUUAGAAAUGAUCACGUUUGCUAAAGGGGACAAGUACAUGUAGAAAAUAGACUGAGGAAGAUUGCUCAAGAACAUAACACAGUGAAAACAAAUGGUCAAUAUAGUAUCAACUAGUUGGUAUUAGUUGUUUUACACUUCAAUCUAGUUUGGCAAGGUAUUCUUGUUUGUGUUAGACUUGUAUAUCAGUGUAGAGAUGAGUGUGAGAUUUUGGGAAAAUCUACUUUUAGAGAACUCCUUAUUUACCUUGAAAGAUGAUUUAGUUACUAAUAUUUACAUGAAGUGUGUCCAAAUUAGAAUGGCGUGGAUAUAGAGAACAUGUAUGUCAACCACAACUUGCUUGGUCUGGAGUAUUAUUGAUUGAUUUUUAAUAACAAGUGCAAUGUGAAUAAGUCUUCAAGUGUAUACAAUUCAAGAAGGAAGGAAAAGGUUUUACUAUCAUCCAAAAUGACAAAUGCUAGAUUUGAUGCUUCUUAGAUGAUUGUCCUUCAUCCAGUGAUAAAUUCCACUUAACCAGUUCAGUUUAGUUGUCUAAAAUUGUGUGUGAGGGGAGUGCAAAUCAUCCUAACAAAUUAACUGCUAACCUUAGAGGAGUUUAGUCAGGAGACUAUAAACACCAUCUUUAAAAGGUCCAAGAAAGUCUACUAGGUCUGGGGUUCUUAAACUGAAAUCACCAUCAGAAUCUCUAAAUCAUAGAUAUUUGUCAGUAUACAAAGAGAAAUUGUCAGAUCAUGGAACUUUGCAAAAUCUGGUUCUAAGAAACUGUGUUCAUCUAAUAUUAAUGUGAAUGAGCAGAGUUUUGGCUGUGUAAAAUACGUCAUUUUGCAAGGACAUCUUUCUGAAUCAUUGUCCCAAAAGAUUCCAGUGAAAUGCAUUCCUUCAGAAGCACUAGGAUCAGUGGCAGCUGCAGGCAACCCUGACCAAAACAUUAUUAUGGUGGAGUCUUCUAUAACCAGUAGUCACAGGGAUGAGAUGGAAUUCAGCCGAGUCAAUUGUCUUGUCUGGGUACUGCAUGAAUCUGCAAGAAGCUUUUCAGUUGCAGUACAGACCCUUGAAUUGGCUAAAAAUGGGCCUGAGCUUGCAAUGGCAUGGGUUGGGGUGGAUGUGCAUGCCUGGCAUAAAAGCAUCGCAUAUCAGGUAGCAAUUUAUGCUUUGUUCAAAGCAGCAAUAGAAGUGGAAGUGUUUCUUUCUCGCAAACGCAGCAACAAUGUUUCUUCUGUUCAUGAAAUUUUAUCCCCAAUCACCGACUUUCUUGGAGAGCGCAUUGAAAGUCAGUUGAAUUUGAGGAAUCCGAAGCUGGUGCAAUGGUUUAGAACACUGGAGUUGCCACGGAUUGCAGGAAUGUUCAUUCCCCUAUUCAAGAAAUGGUCUGUGGACUAUGCAGGAAGUGGUGUUGCAGGAAAUAUCUUGGCAAUAAGUUGUUGCACAGCAGUACGGAAAUUAGGUUCAGGACGAGUUUCUUGUCCGUUGUGUUCAGCUUCAGUUGAAGAUGCUCUAGUAGAGCUCAUGAACUUGUCACAUAGACUUGUUUCAAUUGAUAAAUUGCACUAUUUAGCUACUGAGGCUGGAUUCGAAGAAGACUUCUUGUUCCAUUUUGGUAGAAAAGUUCUGCCAAGUAACAAUAUUGAAGAUGUAGAAUUUUGGAUAGGAUUGGUUCAACGAAAACUCAGUAAUGCAUUUCACAGAGAAAAUGUGAUUGCAGACAAGCAUAAUUUUCACGACAAGGUUCAAGAAAAUAGUUUAGCUACCCUGGGACUUUUUGCAUAUCUGGGAAGAGAGACAAGAUUGUUCCUCUCGGAAAUGGGUGUAAAGGAUCUUGAUGAGCAAACUAGAGAUUUUCUGAGUUACUUAGAAUGUGGUAGCCUUCUUAUGCAUCCAGAAUUCUCCACUCUCUCUGAGUAUCAGCUCUUCAUGGAGGUAGUAGCCAAUGAAAUUGGAUGGCUCGACUUUUAUGCUGAAUCUGCUAGCAAGUUUUGUGUCAAAAGAAGAUCCAAACAACAUCCAAUUCAAGCGGAAAAAGAAAUAAUUUUGUACACUGUUUUAACUGUAUGCUAUGAUGUUAUAGCUGGAUUCGCCCACUAUAACAAUUCUGCGCAGCAGCCAUUAGAUGCAAAGUUACUGGACUUCUUGCUUCAGAGUCAGAGUCUGCUGUCUGUGUGUCUGGAGGACUACUGGGCAGCUUAUGAUAGAACAGGAGAAGUGCAAAAAUUUGCUGAUAGAAGUGCAUCUGAUCAGGCAGCAUCUUUGUUUAGUAAAGGUGGAAUGGGUUCAUCCAUCAUAUUGGACGUGAAAGAGAAGCCAAUAUAUCAAUAUAGAUCCAGAUUGAAUCAGGCCACCAGCUCUGCUGUGAUGGACCCUGUGACACUGGUGGAGUCGGAAUGCUCUACUGCACCCAAACCAAUGCAUGAAAAUUUACUAAGAAAAUCUACGACCAAGCUGAUAUCUGCAAGUGUUGAUUUCUGGAUGGGUACUGAAUUGCUCUUUACAGACGUAUCGGAUGCUUUAGAGCUACUUAUAAAGCAGUUGAAAGGCCGUCAACUCACCAAAAGGGAGAGAAAGAAAAUGAAGAGAACGCUGGGUGAUAUAGCUACCCUUGUUCCCAUAACCAUCUUAAUGCUAAUCCCUGUUUCCGCAGUGGGUCAUGCAGCAAUGCUAGCGGCAAUCAAGAAAUAUGUUCCAAGUUUGAUUCCUUCUCCGUUUUCUUCUGAAAGGCUUGAUCUAAUGAAACAAUUAAAGAGAACGAAGAAGAAAGAAGUCCAAGCUCGAAGCAGCAUAGACAACCCUUCUUCUAAAGUUGUAGAGUGAAUGCAAGCUGCGGGAAACAACCUUAUUAUCAUGGUGUUGGUGCAGCUUAACUUCUGUAGAGUGGCAAGAGGCGUUGCACAUAUACCUUAUAAUAGCCAAUGCAAGAAACUAUCAGUAAGAGGAAACAGAAACAACGCUUUUUCACAAGCACAUGUACACACAGAUCCUGCUAAAUUUAGUUCUAGAGAAAGCAACUUUGUUUUUGAUCAACUGUAUUUUCUCUAGGCGUCAUCUGACAAUUGUUCAUAUUUAUCCAUGGUUUAAAAUGAAGCUUUCGAGUUCCUAAAUUUCUUGCA